CGGGCAGCUAGAGAUCACCUCAGCAGCCCCCACCACGGCCGGACCGAAGGUGCGGCGGCGGAGGGGAGCCAGGGCGCCCCAGCAGGUUUCCAGUAAUUGUCUGCAGGAUUCGCCAUGACCCCAGCUCUGAGGGAGGCAGCAACAAAGGGUAUCUGCUUUUCAUCUUUACCAAGUACCAUGGAGUCUGACAAGAUGCUAUGCAUGGAAAGUCCAAGAACUGUAGAUGAAAAGUUAAAGGAAGACACUUUGUCUCAGAUGCUGGGAUUUCCAACUCCUGAACCUACUCUUAACACUAACUUUGUGAAUUUAAAACAUUUUGGCUCCUCUCAGUCGUCAAAACAUUAUCAGACGGUUCUUUUAAUGAGUUCAAAUUCUACAUUAAAUAAAUACAAUGAAAAUUACAAACAAAGGAAAUUAGGGGAACCUAAUUGCAGUAAGCUGAAAAACAUACUGUGUAAUGGCAGCAACAUUCAGCUUAGUAAAAUCUGUCAUUCUCAUUCUGAAGAGUUCAUCAAAAAGGAACCUCUGUCAGAUACCACAAGCCAGUGCAUGACAGAUGUACAAAUUAUUUUGGAUUCAAAUACAACCAAAGACAUUAAUGUAGAUAAAGUACAACUACAAAACUGUAAAUGGUACCAAAAGAAUGCACUUUUGGAUAAAGUUACUGAUGCUGAAGUUAAAAAAGGUUUAUUGCACUGUGCUCAAAAGAAAAGUGGGCCUGGCCACUCAAAUGUGCCUGUUGGUUUCUCAGCUGCUGAAAAAGAGGAAGAAGUGAAUGCUCGUUUACUUCAUUGUGUAAGUAAACAGAAAAUUUUACUUAGCCAAGCUAGAAGAACUCAGAAACAUUUGCAGAUGCUCCUGGCAAAGCAUGUUGUUAAGCACUAUGGUCAACAAAUGAAAUUUUCUAUGAAACAUCAACUCCCCCAAAUGAAGAUCUUUCAUGAACCUACCACAAUUUUGGAUAGCAGUUUACCUAAAUGCACUGAAAUUAAGCCAGAAGUCAACAUGUUGACUGCAGAGAAUAAAUUGUGGAGUGAUACAAAAAAUGGCUUUGCACGGUGUACAGCUGCAGAAAUCCAAAGAUUUGCACUGUCCGCUACAGGGCUGUUGUCUCAUGUUGAAGAAGGUCUGGAUUCUGAUGCAACUGAUAGCAGCUCUGAUGAUGAUUUGGAUGAAUAUACCAUUAGAAAAAAUGUGGCAGUUAACUGUAGUACUGAAUGGAAGUGGCUUGUAGACAGAGCAAGAGUUGGCAGCCGAUGGACAUGGCUUCAAGCCCAGAUUUCAGAGCUAGAAUACAAAAUCCAACAGCUAACGGAUGUUCACAGGCAGAUUCGUGCCUCCAAGGGGAUAGUGAUCCUAGAAGAAUGUCAGCUUCCAAAAGACAUUCUGAAAAAACAAAUACAAUUUGCUGACCAAGCGGCUUCAUUAAAUACGACAGGGAAUCCCCAGAUUCCCCAAGAGAGUCAAGAUCCUUUACCAGAACAAGAUUUUGAAAUGUCACCAAGUAGUCCUACACUUCUUCUUCGCAACAUAGAAAAACAGAGUGCACAGUUGACGGAAAUCAUCAACAGUCUGAUUGCCCCUCUCAACUUGUCCCCAACUUCAUCACCCCUAUCCUCCAAAUCCUGUAGCCAUAAAUGUCUAGCGAAUGGCAUUUCCAGGAGUGCUUCAGAGAAUUUAGAUGAGCUCUCUUCCUCCAGUAGCUGGUUACUUAACCAGAAGCACAGUAAGAAAAGGAGAAAAGACAGGACAAGAUUGAAAGCUCCAUCCUUGACUAUCAUGAGUACAGCAGCUCGAACAAGGCCACUUCAGAGUUUCCACAAACGAAAACUCUACCGAUUGAGCCCUACUUUUUAUUGGACUCCACAGCCUCCCGGGCUUCACUUUCUCUGCAGGGAACAAAAAGGCCUUUUCCUAGAUGCCCCUCACUUGUCUCCAAAAUUAUUUAGGAUAGUUUCAAAUUGGCUAAUGGGUUUCCUGGAGUUGGAAAAAUUUCAAGAAAAAACUAAUUAUAUGACUUUGCCUUCAAAAGAAACAACAUUUUUAAAUACGACGCAAAUGCCUUGUUUGCAAUCAGCUUCAACUUGGAGUAGCUGUGAACACAAUUCAAAAUCUCAGAUAUUAAGAGAGCAUGUAUCAGAAUUGGACUCUUCUUUCCAUUCUGUCCUAUCAUUGCCAUCAGAUGUGCCUCUUCAUUUUCACUUUGAAACAUUGCUAAAAAAGACUGAAAUAAAAGGAGAUCUUGCUGAAAAUAAAUUAGUAGGAGACUGUGUCAUAUCUCCAUCACCUGUACAUAAUACUUCUCUGAAUCAAUGGAGAAAUGGAUAUUCUCCUACAUGCAAGCCUCAGAUAAGGUCAGAAUCUUCUGUACAGCUGUUCCAGGGAAGAAAGAAAAGACACUUGAGUGAAACAGCAUUAGGAGAAAGAACUAGAUUUGAAGAAUUUGCUUUUCAACGCACAGAACCAGGAUCCCAUAGCAAUUUUACUGCUGUUACUAAUGUCAAUGUUAUAUCAAGAACCCAGAAUUCAUCAUCACAAAAUACUGCACGACGGAGAUUGAGAAGCGAGAGCUCUUAUGACAUAGAUAAUAUCGUGAUUCCCAUGUCAUUAGUUGCCCCGGCUAAGUUGGAGAAACUCCAAUAUAAGGAAAUACUUACUCCAAGCUGGAGAAUGGCUGUUCUUCAGCCUCUGGAUGAAUAUGACGUAGGUGAAGAGGUAGAAGAUCUUUCUGAUGAAGUCUUCUCCCUAAGACACAAAAAAUAUGAAGAGAGAGAGCAAGCCAGAUGGUCACUAUGGGAGCAAAGCAAGUGGCACAGAAGAAACAGCAGAGCUUACAGUAGAAACGUUGAAGGACAGGACUUGCUCUUGAAAGAAUACCCUAACGACCUUGGUGGUGGUCAGCACUGUGCUGCCGAGAGUCCUGCCGAGCCUUCUCCGCAGAGCCAGAAUCUGGGCACACGGGGCUCACCUUCCUUAAAUCAAAGUCAAGAACUCAAGUCUUUGUGGUGGGAACGACGGACUUUUCCGCUGAAGGAUGAAGACACAGAAGCCUUACUAUGUCAAGAUGAAAAAAAGGAUCAUAGUGAAAGUUCAAGCCCCGUUUUCCGUGGAGAAGUCUUCUGUACUAGUGCACCAGAAAACGGUCACCAUCCAAAAAGGCAGAUGGAUGAAAUGGAAGAAGGCAAACCUUUUGGUCUAGGACUUACUCAUGUUAAAAAAAACAGGUGACAGGGAAAGGUUAAAAAAGUAUGUAACUGAAUGGAAAGCAGGAGGAAAAAAUAAGCCCUGUUCUCCAUCCCCCACCCCCUCAGCCACAAUCCCAGAGUAAGAGCAUGUACUGCAUGUAUUAAUCUUUUAUGCUGUUUUAAAACAGGCAAGGUAGGUCUCUUUUUCCUUGAACCACAGGAAUAACUAGCUUUUCACCUACAGACAAGUGCUAGUCGUUUGUGUUUAUGAUGCAAAUCACAAGCACCAGAAAAUUAACUGCUGCAAGCUGAUGUUAAAUCGUAUUACUGGGUAAAUAAUUUUUAAAAGACUUCAUACCCACACAUACAUAUGUACACACACAGAAACACCUGUGCAUCAAUGAUCGCUCUUUUUCCUAUACAUUUCUAUGUAAUUUCUAUGGUAAUUCAUUAAAGUUGCCUCAAAUAUAUGCCUUUGUAUAUGGGAAUAUACAAAUAUGUGUGUAUAGAGUAUAUACACAUACAUGUACACACACGUAGUUUUAAAAAACACUGGCAGUGACCACUCCACUUGAAAUGCAUGGAUGAAUUAUCCCAUGGAAUGUAAGCUGCACUGUAAAGCACAGGUUCCCAGUGAUUAUGGAGAUUUUAAACAUGUUUAACCAAUAGAAGUUAUAUGUGGAAAUUUCUAUACCAGAUAACACAAUAUGCCUUUAUUUGAAAUCACUGUUAUCUGUUGGACUAAAUUCAGAUCAUCUUCUAUU